AGUUGUGUGCGAGACGCCAAGUAGAGUACAUGUGCGAUCGUCGCUCUCUCAGAGGCGGUGGCAGCGACCCAAGACUAGCGCUAGCAGCCCCGACUAGCUGCUAGCACGGGAAUGCGACGGUCCACAUCGGAGAGAGAAAGAAAGAAUAAGAUAAGGCGAUUGGUAUAUUCCCGGCGAGAGAGAGAAAGACUUGCUCCCUGUGCCUUCCAUUUAAACCUUAAGCAAGCUCGUGUGUGUGUUUGCAAGUGCAGUGAAACUCUCGUUGUGCAACCUUACCUAUGCAAGGACUAUGCAGAUACUCGCGGCUGGACUGUAGGCGCGGGCGUGCAAGGUGAAUGGCAGAGGGCGUCGCCACACUCGGCGGGACACUAAGGUCGCAGUGUGAUGGCCGGACCGCGAGGCCCUGACUGCGUGUCCCUCCUGCUCCAGCGGCCUCGGCCCAAGGCGCAGCUCCUCCACAUCUUCGGCAUCGUGCUCUACCAGGAGAUCUACAGCACCGCGGCCCUGUUACCCUCGGGGGAGACCAUAGGCGGCGGCCCCGAACACGUCUCUGUGAUAAACUACAUUCCCGGGAGAACUUUCUCGUUAGGUCCCGUCGUCGGUUGUGAAGAAUGCGAAGAAAACUGUGAACGUGAGAAUAUAGCGGAAGAUUAGGAUUAUUUUAUACUAUUUUUUUUUUUUCUGUUUGUCUGUGUCGUCAGUUGUGUCCGCUAUUAGGCCAUUUAGUGAUUUGUGUGAUGGUAGGAUACAUGGGCGAUUGUGCGAGAGUGAAGUGCCAAACGAUCGCGUAGGUGAACUGCCCUUUUGUCGCAACGGCUCAAGUGAAGGAUUAUUAUGUUGAAGACGAUACCGAAGGCGCAGACCCCCGUGGCCGAUGGGAAGCUGGCGUGCGGCCACCCCGACGGAGGCGGCGAGGGCUGCGAGGGUUUCUCGGGCGACUCGGGGGUGGGCGAACCCGACAGCGAGCCCCCCGCUAUACACUCCGACGGGGGGAAGGCCCUUCCCGAAGAAGGGAAGGAGCUGCCCGAAGCAGGGAAGGCCCAGCCCGAAGGGGGAAAAGUCCUGCCCGAAGAAACGAAGGCCCCGCCCGACAUCAAGGGAGACGCGAACCACGUCGAAGAUGUCGGCGUUCGGGAAAAGGACGUCUCAGACAGGGGUAACGGAGAGGCGGGUGCAGCGGAGGCUUUGUCCUGGAAGGAGAAGACCCUGUCUCAGGAAGGCUCGACGGCUGAAAGUGGCCCACAGAAGACCGUCGAGGAAGACAAGCAAGGCCGCCCGGACGCGCUGUCGCCCCCGUGCCCCGCAGCAGCCAGUGACCAAGAAGCGACAGCCAUGACAGACUCAUCGGAAGGAGGGGGCGCCCCGUCGCGCGACAGUGGCAUCAGUCACAUGAAUGUGGCGAGUACCAGUGAGUUGGAGGAUGAGUCGGCGAGGAGAAGGAGCCUGAUGAUUGACACGUGCACACAGACGGACCACGAUCACGGCGGCCAGGCUGAGUGGGAGAAAACGGUCGGUCGGACGGUCGAAAGCUCAAGUGAUAAGGAUGAAAGUACUCGUGGGAGUGACUUAGGGUUAAGUGCUAUGUGUGUGUGCACCGAUGACAAUGACAAUAAGGAAGAGGGCAAAACGCAGUGCGACGUGUGCGGAUUAUAUAGCAGUGCGAGACAGGAAACCUCCAACAGCUUGUGCGCGCGCCCUGGUGAAACCUCGAACAGUGUGCCCCAGAAUAGACAGAGUCGUUGCACAUCCGACUACUCAUCCAUUUCCUCGAGUGAUUCUCCGCGAGCGAGUGACUCGAGUAACCGGACGUGUGACUCGAGCAAUAGCCCCGGGAGCAGCACGGGUAGCAGCGGCAAGGGCGGAAGUAGCAACAGAAGAUCUGGCCACAGGAAAGUCGUGACGUCGGGCGAGCUGAGCCCCAUCGCGUCCUGCGGAGGGGAGUCGGCGGUGAACGUGGGCCUGAGCGUCAACACAGGCCUGACGCCGGAGGAUACCUCGAAGGACAUGGGCAGCCGCAGCCCUUGCACCCCGACCAGCGGCUGCUUGAAGGGGGCGACGCGCAACACGAGCGGCGCUCACGUGCAGUUCGAGACGCCGUGUGACGAGGACGGACACAUGCUGCAAGACACGUACGUCACUUCCGACGGACACGUGGAGCUGCAGAGGGCCAACGGCGGCAGCGGAGGGAGCGGGACUCCCACCCACGCCGACCCGCUGGCGAGGCUGUGGUCGAAGCUCAUCCCGGACUCCUCCCCGUCGGACGCCGCCUCCAGCUUCACCGUACCCAAGAAGUGGCGCCGGAGGCACAUCUCCAGCUCGAGCAGCAUUAGUUUGGGGUCGAGCUCGAGCGCUUCCAGCUCGGACGGCUCCACGGAGUUCGAGCGGCGCGCCCCCGACGGCGGCUGGGGCUGGAUCGUCGUGGCGGCCUCCUUUAUGGUCCACUGCAUCGCCGACGGCGUCACCAUGUCCUUCGGCGUACUCUUCGUCGAGUUGCUCAACU